CUUCUUCUUUUCCCUCCUCCUCCUCGGCCCCGCGCGCUUCCUUUGCCCGGGCGGGAGGCAGGAAGGGAGCGGCCGGAGGGAUGGAGCGGGUCCCGGCAGGGAUGCCGUAGCUCCCGGGAUAUCCCGACCCGCCGGGACGCGGUGGAGCUGCCAUCCCCAAACCUCUCUGCAAUGGCCUCAGGGAAUGAGGGGAAUGAGGAACGCCGGGGGAGCCACGGGCUCAGCUCAGAAGGCUGCGUGGCAGAGGAGGCUGAGGAGGUGUUCCGCAGCUACGCCUUCUACCGCUACCAGCAGGAGCGCCAGGAGCGCGGCGCGGAGCUGCCGCCCGACCCCGAGAUCGAGCAGAUCCAGCAGGACCUGGAGAGCACGGGCAGCCAGGUGGGGCAGCGCCUGGCCAUCAUCGGGGACGACAUCUACCGGCGCUACGACCCCGAGUUCCGCACCAUGCUGGAGAGCCUGCAGCCCACCCGCCACAACGCCUAUGAGACCUUCACCAAUAUUGCCUCCAGGACUGACCCCCCCGUGUCCCCUCCCUGGCAGGAGGCCGUGCAGAACCUGGACAAUGUUUACGUCAAGUACCUGCUGGUGGUGGCCGUGGUGGUGGUGCUGGGGCACCUGGUGCUGCGGCGCUUCUUCACCUCCUGAGGGGGGCACCGUGCACCCCCUGCUCUGCCCCACACCCCCGCGACUGGGGGGACCCCAGGAACCCCCAGGAGAGAGCAUGGCUGGGGGCUCUGCAGGGCCUGGGGGCUCUGCACCCCCAGGAGAGGAAUGGGGACAGGGGGGGCUCUGCUUUGGUGGGUUUGGUGCCUCGAAAAGGGGCUGAGGAGGGCACAUGUCUGGGAGGGGACAUCUCUGGGAGGAGCCAUCUCUGGGAUGAGGCAUCUUUGGGAUGGUACAUCUCUGGAAUAGGUUGUUUCUGGGAGGAGACAUCUUUGGGAUGGGGCAUUUCUGGGAGGGGGCAUCCCUGAGAUGGGGCAUCUUUGGGAUGGGACAUCUCUGGGAUGAGGCAUCUCUGGGAUAGGGCGUCUCUGGGAUGGGACAUCUUUGGGAUGG